AUGGGUGCACUCAAGACCCUGAGCGAAGUGUGGCCGCUUGGUAGGCGGACGUACACUGAGGUUGGGAUAAUUGCGCGCGAAAUCCUUGCGCUCGCGGACAAUGAUAUCAGUCCGUGGACAAGACCCGCGAGCUUCGACUUCGCGGGGAAUGGAGAGUUUAAGGACGCGGUCGAAAUGUUCGACGUCUACAAUAUAUUCGAUGAGCCCGAGGAGUGCGACUUUCUGGACGAUUUGCGGAGGCGUUAA